AUUGGUUUUACUCAGUAAGGAUCUGACCGCAAGCCCAGCUUGCAAGAAGCCUCGACGUCUCUUCCAUCCUUCAAGUUAUUUCAUCAAGUUCCUUCUUUGAACAUCUUUUCGAACAGCGGAAUUCCCACUAUGACUACCGCAGCUCCAAUCCCUGUCGUGAUCUGCGGCGCCCGGGCUGAAACUGCAAAAAGCGUUAUAGCUGGUCUUGCUCCUGAAUAUGAAGUUAUCCAUGUCAUCCUCUCCACUAGCGUAGGCGUCGCUGCUCUCCCUUCUAUCCUCUCCUGCGCCGAUCCCUCCGCCGAAAACUCGGAAUUAGAACCUAUUUUAGGCUCACACAACUACUCCGCGCCACCAUUUGCCAUCAUCGCAGGCGGCGGCCACGACGACUCAUCAGUUGCAUCGAUGCAAGCCUCGGUCAGAGACCACAAAGUCCAGGUUCCGUGGCUGCGUCACGAUCCGAGCAAGCCGGCACCGCCGGUCGGACCAGAGUAUGGGAAGCAUGUUGUGAAGAGGGUCAGGGAGUGCUUGGAGCAAUUGCUGGCCAAGAGCCCGACCGAGUUGGAUGAAGUCAGGGGCAAAGUGGUCUGGUAUUAGAACAAGACAUGGCUUCAAUGGCUGGAACUGAGUCGUCUAACGACAUCUCAACGAGAGAGAAGCUCGUCCAUUUGAACGAUCUGGAAUUUAGUUCCAAAAAACAUCCCAAGGACGGAAUAUAGCAACCGACACUAAGGGUGAUUAAGAGAAUGCGGAAUGUGAUAUUCUGAAUUUCUUCUCAUCGCAACGGCUAGGAGACCCUCAGAAGCAAUGCCGCCCCCGCGCAAUCUGAACAAGGG